AUGCCUGAUAACGAGCUAUACUCUUACUGCUAUACCGAACACCUUCAAAUGAUGCAAUGUACCCCUUACUCUGCGUACGACGACUACUAUCAGACGGUCCUACAAGCAAUCAAUAAGCGUUACAGAUUAAAUGCCCCGACCACAGUCCUGGAAAUCCCUCGCAAUACCCCAGAAAAGGAAACUAAAUUCUGCGGAUCGGAUAAUUUCUACACCACCGUGGACGGCGACACUUGCACAUCGAUCGCCGAAGACACGAGCAUUUCUUCAGCGGCAUUGUACAUGGGAAAUCAAAAUCAGAUCCUUGACUGCAGUUCCCUCUCUUCGGGACUCAAAUUCUGCCUUCCCCUAACCUGUGAGAAGACAUAUUCCAUCCAACCCAGCGACAAUUGUUCAGAUAUCGAGUACGCGUACUCCCUGAAAGAUCGUGAUGUACGCAAAUACAACCCAUGGGUCUCAUACGACUGCGACAAUCUACAGCCAGCAAGCAAGAUCUACGGUACAGCCAUUUGUCUCUCUCCACAGGGCGGCAUGCACAAUGGAAGCAGCACUGGUGGUGGCGUUGCUCCCUCUCAAUCGAAUGGAUAUGUGUAUAGCAAGGUCGAGCCACCUGCAAAUGCGACACUGGCGACAGGAACAACAAGGAAUUGUGGCAAAUGGUACGAGGCCAAGAGUGGAGAUAGUUGUGUGGGUAUAUGUGGUCAGUAUAGUAUCACACAUGCGGUCUUCACGAUGGUAAACCCUUCUUUGGACCCGGGAAAAUGCUCAGAUAGCUUGAAGGCUGGAAGUGUUUACUGUAUUGCGCCAACCUACAGCUGGAAUGACACUGAGAGUACAUGA